AGACUUCAGUUUAGUGCGGACAGUUAAGUUUGUAGGUCGUCGUCGGUAGAGAAAUUCGACGUCUUCGGUGAUCUGCAGUUUUCCACAGAUUGAAGAUGCGGUUCUUUGUGAUAUCAGCAGCAUUAGCAGUGCUGCUGCUCCAAAACAGUGACUAUGUAUCCGGGCAACGAUUCCCAAUAAGACCCAGGACUCCCAGCAAUCCUGCCGAAGUUCUGGCCAACAAUUAUAUCAACUCUGUGAUGCCGGAGCUGCAGGCGCGUUACAGUGCCGCUGCCGAUGCAGCCUGGAGCUACCAGACGAAUUUGACUGUGCCAAACCUUGUGAAUUCCAACGACGUGGCACAACAGAACGCGAUGUACCUUAAGACCGUUGCGAUGCAGCUGCAACAGUUCGAUUACACCCUGUUCGAGAACGAAACGCUGAAGCGCAUCAUUCGCAAGCUGCGCAAACCAGGAUACUCGGCCCUGGAAGGGCCAAUGUUUGAGCAGCUGAUGGACGCCAUCAAUGGGAUGCAGGCUAACUAUGCCGUAACGAGGGUGUGCAAAUUUGGCCAGCGGCACGUGUGCGACCUGCCGCUGGAACCGGACGUAGUAAACAUCAUGGCCACUAGCCGCAAUGCGUCGGAACUGCAGCACUACUGGACCGAAUGGCACAAUAAGGCUGGAACCCCGGCCAGGCCUCUUUUUGAUACCUAUGUUAGCCUAGCUAAUCUUGCGGCUACGUUGAACGGUUUCAGAAAUCUUGCCGAUUACUGGUUGGACGAGUACGAUGAACCUACUUUCGAGGACCAGAUGUCUUUGGCAAUGGAAACUAUGGCUCCACUUUAUUUGCAACUGCACGGAUACAUUCGGUUCAAGUUGCGGGAGCAGUACGGAGAAGAUAGCAUCGGUGAGUAUGGUAACAUUCCCAUCAGUCUGUUGGGAGAUAUGUGGGGUCAGUCGUGGGAAGCCGUUGCCGACUUCAGCAUGCCCUAUCCGGACGUAGCGGUUGUAGAUGCCACAGAGGAGCUCAUCAAUCAGCAGUUUACUCCAGCUGCAAUGUACCAGACGGCCGACUUGUUCUUCUCCUCGCUGAACAUGAGUACUCUCUCUGAUAUAUUUUGGGAGAAGAGCGUCCUGGAGAAACCGACUGAUGGUCGUGAGAUUGUUUGCUAUGCCAGUGCCUGGGACUUCUACCGGACCGACGACUACCGUGCGAAGCAGUGUACCAGUGUUACUUUUGCCGAUUUCAUCAAGGUUCACCACGUGGUGGGAAACAUCAACUACUUCAAGAGCUACAGUGAACAGCCAAUAGUGUUUCAGGAGGGAGCUAAUCCCGGAUUCCAUGAGGCCGUGGGUGAGGUGAUCGCUAUGUCUGUGGGUACUCCAAAGCAUUUGGAACGUAUUCAGCUUCUUACCAACUACAAUAUGAACAAACGGGCCAAGGUCAAUCAGCUGUUCAUGGCUGCCUUGUCUAAGGUUGUUUUCCUGCCGUUUGCCCACAGUUUGGAGAAAUGGCGUCUGGACGUACUGCGUGAAGACUACUUCGGUGAGGAGUACAACUGCAAGUAUUGGGAGUUGCGUUCCAAGUUCGCCGGUGUUGAACCUCCGGUAGAGCGGAGCAAGAGAAACUUUGAUCCACCCGCUAAGUAUCACAUUGCAGCAGAUGUUGAGUACAUGCGUUACUUCGUUUCUACGAUCAUUCAGUACCAGUUCCAUCAGGCUUUGUGCAAGGAUGCCGGAGAGUACGAGAAGAACAACAAGAACAAACUACUGAGCGAUUGUGAUAUCUUCGAGAGCACAUCUGCUGGAAACAAACUGAAGAAGAUGAUGCAACUGGGAUCCUCACAACCUUGGACGGAGGCCAUCAAGAUCAUUACCGGACGUAGGAGCAUCAACGCCGCAGCUAUGGUUGAAUACUUCCAACCCCUCUACGAAUGGCUAGUCGAUUACAAUGUCAUGAAUAGCGUUCCCCUGGGUUGGGUGGAAUCCACUAAGUGUCCGCCUUCAAGAUAAUAAACGGACUGCAGGUUGUCCAGCGCUGAAACGUAUUUAUGAAAUAUUUAUUACUAUUUAUUUGAUGGUUUGUGACACUUCGAAUGUCGAUUGAAGAAAAAAGGCGAUCUAAUUAUUUUAAGAAUUCGAAACCCAAUAGAACUGAAUUCAAUACAUGACAAACAAUUUGUGAAAAUGACAAAAUCAAAAAAGUAAAAUAAACAGAAAUUUUUACGUG